AUGGUAAAGGAUUCAGAGGAGGCAGACACAGCCUCAGGGACAGUAGAUUCCAGAGAAACAUCACACUUAAGGUUUAGGACAUUGGACAAUGAGAAUUGUCAAUGGCCAUUUAUGGAGAUCCACAGGUUGAGGCAGUUGAAGAAGCAUGAGCUGGAUUAUCCGACUCAUGAUUUAAGGCUUGCUGUAGUGAUCUUUAUAUUGAAGCCUAGAGGCACUACUUGUGUGAAGUUGCUUAUCGAAUCCUUACCAAUCAUAAGAGAAUGGAAAUGCGAGUGCAUUACAAGGGAUUUGAUAUUCAAGCUUCCUCCCACAAUUCAUAGACAUGAUGGGAGUUUGCAUGGGGCACUAGUAUCGAUUGUAUCUGAAAAAGACCCACGGUUCACUUCAAGGGAAAUUGGAAUGAGUAUCUACCUUUGGCAGAGUUCAUCUACAACAACAGUUAUUGACAUGUUGCCUUAUGAGGCAUUGUAUGGGAAACAAUGCCGGACAUCAUUAUGUUGGAAUGCCAUGGGUGAAAGGAAAGUUCUAGGUCCCGAGAUUAUACAAACGACAAUAGACAAGGUCAAUACUAUAUGGGUCAGGUUGAAAGCAGCACAAAAUAAGCAAAAGAGCUAUGCGGACCUACAUAGAAAGGAUUUAGACUUCAAGGUUGGUGAUCGGGUAUUCCAGAAACUCUUUCCUUGGAAAGGCAUAGUACGAUUUGGAAAGCGAGGGAAGCGAAAUCCUCGUUACAUUGGACUGUAUGAGAUAAUUGAGAGGAUAGGUCCAGUGGCUUACAGUUUAGACCUGCCAAAGGAGCUUUCUCGAGUCCAUGAUGUAUUCCACAUCUCCAUGCUCUACAAGUAUAUCUCAGAUCCAUCGCAUGUGUUGGAGACACCAGAGUUUGAGUUGAGAGAUGAUCUAUCCUACGAGGAGCAGCCAAUGCAAAUUCUAAGUAGAGAAGAGAAAAAGCUUUGCAACAAGACCAUACCAUUAGUGAAGGUCCUUUCGAGAAAUCAUCUAGUCAAGAAGGCAACUUAA